AUGUCAAAUGUUUCUCCAUCUAUCAAAGCCUCAACAUUAAAAUUCGAACCAAUAAUACUGGAAAAUAAUAAUGCCAAACAAUCAAUCUCACGAAUACAAAAUAAACAGCCAGAACCAUUAUUAAUUGAUAUAGUCUCCGAUUCUCAAGAACAAGAGAUAAAACAAUCCAUUACAAAUAUAACUGAAGAAAAUGCUUCGACUUCAAAAAAUUUAAAUAAGUCUACAGUCCCAAGUUUUUACGAUGAAGGUUAUUCAAAUGUCGUUGCUGUAUUUGUGGUUCGGUUUGAUACAAGAAAAGGAAAUAUCAUUGAAUGGCAAUAUCCUCAAGAUGUUGAUUUGAAUGGCAUAGAAUUUCAAGCAAUACCUAGCGGAUUACAUGCUGUUUCACAAGAUAUAAUGCCACCGUUAUAUGGAUUAAGUGUAUUUAAAAAUGAACCAACAUCUGAUCAAUCUCAUGACCGUGGUGCUCGCAUGGCUGCUGUGGGAAUAUUAGUAACUCCAACACAUGAAACUGGCCUUUGUGGUCGACCAUGGUCACAAUUAGAGUUUUUACAAAAUGAGAUCGGACGGCAUGUUCAUCAAACAGAUGAUUAUUCAAACCUUAUACAGUUUUUUGAAAAACGUGGCAUGCAAUUGAAUUAUUCAAACGAUGACCCAUUAUCUAUAGAUUCUGAGAAUAGUUUGCAACAUUCAAGAAGACGUGCCUUAACAACAUCAAGUGGUCGAACAUCAUUUAUAAGGAAUAGAUGCUUUUCAGCUUCACAAAUGAUCUACGGAACAUGUUUACUUGCAAAUAUUCCCUCUGCAAUUACAUGGACAUUUAAGAAUAAAGUUGAAAAAAUCAAGCCAUUGUUUUGUGUAGGUGUAAGUGAUAUUCCGAUGAUUGAGGUUAUUGAAAGUGGUUAUGUCGCAUGCACAACUGAUCAAAUACUUCAAGAUAAAAGCAAUCUUUAUGAUUUAUUAAUUAAUUUUCCAAGUUGUAGUAAUUCAAAAUCUCACCCAAAUUUAAUUGCAUCACCUGAAUCUUUUUUAUCAACUAAAAUAAAUUCUGCUGAUAUUAGGCGUUACAGAGUAUUGUUAAAGAUGUUAGCAUCAUACGGUGAAAAUAAUCUUGAAGUUGAAGAGGAUGGCGGAGCAAUGACAGAUACUUGGUGUAAAAUAAUGUUUGGUGGUUGGUUUUGGUGGUAUGGCAGGGAAGGUUAUAAAAGAAUCAAUGAAAAUUAUUUCAUAGACGAAGGAGGAAUCCUGUUAAACAGUCAGGAAGAUUUAUCUAACACAGCAACGACGAACAGUUCACCUAAUCUUGAUGUGUUAAAGGAUACACCAAACAUUGAAGUUGAAUUAAUAAGAUUUUUUCAAGCCUUAACCACAAAUAUUUUUAAUACUUUGCGUACGUUGAUUACAUCAUUUGACCAAAACGGAAAUGAGGAAACAAUCUAUUUGUAUCCAAACCACAUUAUUCAACUUGGAUUAGAUCCACAUGACGACGGAGUUUUUGUUGAAGGAUUGGCAAAGAUGUAUUUUGGCAAAAAGGUUGAAGUGAUUGGAAAGGAUGGAAACUGUUUGAGCCAUUCAUGUAAUAAUAUAUGUUCGGCUUUGGAGGAAUGA